ACGAUAUUUAUUAACAUCCAUGCAGUAGAGCAAUAUUGAGUAGCUAAGGGUGGCACGGUCAUUUAUCUCCUUAUUUGGCAGCCUUCUAGAUGGGGAAUCAUGAACCAAUGCGAUGACGUUUAAUCUCGCAACAUCCCACCGUCUUACCUUGUUGUUGAUGUAUGGGAUCAACAAAUAGGAGACACGAAGGAAGAAAUAGUAGUGUUGACGGAGGUCGAUUCACUUUGUCUGGGUGGAGAGCCGAAGAGUAUAGAGAAUGAAGAUGGUGGAGAUAAAUGCUGAGAGUGUAGCAGCUGCUUCCCAUGAGAAUAACAAGAAAAAGAAUAAGAAGAAAGGAAACAAGAAGCAAAACCCAUUUUUCAAUAGCAACGGAAGCCCUAAACUCAUCGUUUUAGAGGAGCCAACCGGUAGAGAAAUUGAACAAAGAUAUGAACUUGGACGUGAGCUUGGGCGUGGCGAGUUUGGGAUCACAUAUCUAUGUACGGACAAAGACACAGGCGAGAACUUUGCAUGCAAAUCGAUAUCAAAGAAGAAGCUGAGGACGGCUGUGGAUAUUGAGGAUGUGAGGAGGGAAAUUAAGAUCAUGAAGCAUUUGCCAGAACAUCCAAAUAUUGUCACCUUGAAAGAUACUUUUGAGGAUGAAAAUGCGGUGCAUUUGGUUAUGGAGUUGUGUGAAGGUGGUGAGUUGUUUGAUAGGAUUGUUGCAAGAGGCCAUUACACCGAGAGAGCUGCUGCUGCUGUCGCCAAGACCAUUGUUGAAGUUGUUCAGAUGUGCCACAAGCAUGGGGUGAUGCAUAGAGAUCUCAAACCUGAGAACUUUCUUUUUGAAAAUAAGAAAGAGACAGCAGCUUUGAAGGCGAUCGACUUUGGUUUGUCAGUGUUUUUUAAACCAGGUGAAAGGUUUACGGAGAUAGUUGGAAGUCCAUACUACAUGGCUCCGGAGGUGCUGAAAAGGAAUUAUGGGCCUGAAGUGGAUGUUUGGAGUGCUGGGGUGAUCCUUUACAUCUUACUUUGUGGUGUCCCACCUUUUUGGGCAGAAACUGAACAAGGAGUUGCACAAGCGAUUCUUCGCUCUGUUGUAGAGUUUAAGAGGGAUCCUUGGCCUAAGGUUUCUGCUAGUGCAAAAGACCUUGUGAAGAAGAUGCUCAAUCCUGAUCCAAAGCGGCGACUUACAGCUCAGGAAGUACUAGCUCAUCCUUGGUUGCAAAAUGCAAAGACGGCUCCAAAUGUUUCCUUGGGUGAAACUGUGAAGGCAAGGCUCAAGCAGUUCUCUGUAAUGAACAAGCUCAAGAAAAGAGCUCUCAGGGUAAUAGCUGAGCAUCUUACGGUGGAGGAAACCGCAGACAUAAAAGAGCGAUUCCAAGUGAUGGAUACUGGCAAUAGAGGCAAGAUUAACAUUGAUGAGCUAAGGGAUGGGUUGCAUAAACUUGGCCAAAUUAUUUCUGAUGCAGAUCUUCAAGUACUAAUGGAUGCAGGGGACGUCAAUAGAGAUGGAUAUUUGGACUAUGGAGAAUUUACUGCCAUCUCCAUUCACCUGAGAAAGAUGGGUAAUGACAAUCACCUUAAAAAGGCAUUUGAGUUUUUUGAUAAAGACCAGAGUGGUUAUAUCGAGAUUGAGGAACUAAGAGAUGAGUUGGCUGAUGAGCUGGAAACCAAUGGCGAAGAAGUCAUUACUGCGAUCAUGCACGAUGUGGACACAGACAAGGAUGGGAGAAUUAGUUAUGAUGAGUUUGUUGCAAUGAUGAAAGCCGGUACAGAUUGGAGAAAAGCAUCUAGGCAAUACUCACGACAGCGGUUCAACAAUCUCAGUCUCAAAUUGAUGAAGGAUGGAUCAUUGCUGUCGCCUGAUAAUCCUAUAUGAUCCAACAAAACAAACUUCCCUUAAUGAGAAAAUUAGACAAAAAAAACCCAGAAGUAAUAGUGAUGAAAAAGGCUGUUGAAUUCAUCAGUAUUACCUGUGUGUGAAAAUUCCUUUUGUUCUGGGGAGAUGUAAAGAAAAUUCCUUUGAUUUACUAGGAUUGAGCCAUGCAAUGAUGCCAAGGGGUCCAUCUAUCUAAAUAUUGAAAAAAUGGGGUUCGUUCAUUUGUAUUGUAAAUUAUCUUUGUUAUUUAUAGGUGUACUUGAAGAAUGGAAGUGUGCGCUUGUAGUUUAGCCUUUAUUGGUGUCAACUUGCUUUUUCAAGUCAUAAGAUAGGUGCCAAAUGGAUUUUUUUCGCUGGUUUCUUUGGAAAGACAAGAUUUAUUAGCCAUUAUCGAACCAAAGCAUGUUAAUAGAUAAAAUUUGUUCCAAGAA